AUGCCUGGGAUAGUUUGUUUCCAUGGGCUUGCCUUCGGCCCAAGUGCAUCAAGGGAAGAGUUAACGUCUGAGAAAGGCAAACUUUGCUAUUUCAGUGGAAGAGGACGAACGGAAUCUAUACGGUGGCUGUUGGCCGUCGCUGGUGUUGCAUUUGAAGAAGAAUUUCUGGAAAGCAGAAAGCCGUAUGGAAUGUUACUGCAAGACAGAGCCCUGUUGUUUCAGCAAGUGCCCACGGUGGAGUUCGAUGGGAUGAAGAGGGUGCAGAGCAGAGCCAUCCUCAGCUACGUGGCCGGAAAGCACAAUCUCUAUAGAAAGGGCCUGAAGGAGAGAGCCUGAUACAGCAACUUCAGACCUCUAAGCACUAGAUGAUCAGUUUUGAACUGUGACUAGUUUUGUAGUCAAUGGAAAGAAAUAGGUGCCUUCAGGUGGCAGUUUAUCUGACCUGGAAGGCAUAGAUAACCUCUUAGGUAUGCUUUCAGUCUCAUGCUACAAACUGCACAAGUGCAGAGUAGAAAUCGGAUGUUUCUAUCUCCAAGUCUGUGAGACAGCUCAGUGGUAGGCUGACACUGUCUAGAGCUGGGACAGCACUUGUACUUUGGGCUAUCAGAUUUUUAACACGAGUGGAAUUUCAGAGUUCGAUCAGGCUGUGCGGGGCUUUGUCUCGUCAAGUUCUGAAUAUUUCCAGAGACAGAGAUUCGACAGCCUCUCUG